AUGGCAUCAGACAGCGAGGUAAAAACCCUACUGAACUUUGUCAACCUGGCCUCCAGUGAUAUCAAAGCGGCUCUGGAUAAAUCGGCUCCCUGUCGCCGGUCAGUUGACCACAGAAAAUACUUGCAAAAGCAGCUCAAGCGCUUCUCUCAGAAGUACUCUCGGAUUCCACGAUGCCACCCCAGCAAAACCCCUGAGUGUGGCUGGCGCAGGGGGGCAGAGGACCGGGGCCGUGGCCCCCAGCCUGAGACACCUGACCUCAGUUCCCAUGGUGGGGCUGCUGCUGAGAAGAUGCUGCAGACAGCUGAGGUGGAGGACAGUCUCACCGGGGAACAUGUUUUGCAGGAGCAAAAUCCGGAGGCCGCCAGACCGGAUCAGGUGCCCAUGAGGAAGCGACAGCUCCCUGCCUCCUUCUGGGAAGAGCCAAGGCCAGCCCAGAGCCUGCCAACCAGGGCCUUUCCCUCUGGCCCUGAGGGGCACCCAGCCCCUAGAGACCCUCCUUCCUAUGAGGGGAAGAAAAGCAAACAGAGCGCAGAUACUGCUGGCCCAGAGAGCUCCCCUGAGCCUGCCCCACAUGCUGGGGAGAAGGACCCUGCUGGGGUCCUCUCAGGCCAGGUGGGUGCAUGGACCUGCUGCCCCUUCCCCUGCCCUGGGCCAGGGGUCUAUCAGCCCCCAGGUGCACUUCCACCCUCACCCUUCCCAGGGCUGGGUCUGUGGAGGAAGAGUGCAGCCACGAUGCCCGUGGAGAUGCCACAUUUCUGCAAGGAGGCUGACGGCAUGGGGCAGAAACUCUACCGACCUGUGGUUUUGAAACCCAUCCCCACUAAACCCACUGUUGCCCCACCAAUAUUCAACGUUUUCAGCUAUCUUUAG